AUUCGAAAAAAACACACAAAAACCUAUCACAUGACGUUCCAUAUCUGGCCUCUGCUUCUAUUUUAUGAUCAAAGUCAACCGAAUACUCCGUCAAGAAAAAGUUGUUGGUUGAUCAUAUCUUCAAUCAACAAGCCGGUUUCUGAAUCCUGAGAUGAACACUCGUUCCUCAAAUGAAUGCUGGUUUGAUUUGAUGAACAGGUUGGAGUUGACUAAAUGUAUAUCAAAUGCGUUGUAGUGAACGAACAGCCAGAAGCAGUCGGUGAGUGCUUUAAAUCAAUAACCGGUUCUAUUUCGUGCAUCCGUUUGGAACCAUAACAUCGACAUCCAUCUCUUUAGCGUGCUGAUUUCGGUUAUUUACGUUAGUUAGAGAGGAAGUAGAUUAAAGUAGGAGGGCGAGGCUGGGAAGGGGAAUAUGGCAUCACCAUCGACAUCUGCACCGAGCAACUCGAGCUUGAAUGGGGAGCAGAAAGGAGUGAAGAACAAGAAGAAAGAAGAAGAAAAAGAGGAGAAAGGAAAAUCUGUUCCUUUUCUUAAGCUCUUCUCGUUUGCGGAUUCAUAUGAUUACAUACUUAUGCUAGUUGGAAUCAUUGGAAGCAUGGGGAAUGGAAUUGGAAUGCCUCUAAUGACUGUGAUCUUUGGACAAGUGAUCAAUACUUUUGGGAGUAGUCCGGACACGCACGACAUCGUUUCGAAAGUUUCCAAGGUGUGCCUAAAUUAUGUGUACUUGGCUGUGGGAACUGGUGCAGCGGCGUUUCUUCAGGUGUCUUGCUGGAUAGUGACGGGGGAGAGACAGGCUGCUCGGAUUCGAGGGUUGUAUUUGAAAACUAUAUUGAGACAAGAUGUUGCGUUCUUCGACAACGAAACAAAUACCGGAGAGGUUGUGGGAAGAAUGUCUGGUGAUACCAUCCUCAUUCAAGAUGCCAUGGGUGAGAAGGUUGGGAAAACCAUUCAACUAGUUACAACCUUCAUUGGAGGCUUCACCAUAGCUUUCGUAAGAGGCUGGCUGCUGGCACUGGUAAUGGUAUCUGCUAUCCCUCUUCUUGUGCUAGCAGGAGCAACAAUUGCUCGAUACAUGUCCCAAAUGGCUUCUCGGGGUCAAAGUGCUUAUGCCAGUGCUGCAAAUGUUGUUGAACAGACUAUUGGCUCAAUAAGAACGGUUGCAUCAUUUACGGGUGAGAAGCAAGCCGUGAGCAGUUACAAGAAGUUCCUAACUCAGGCUUACAAAUCAGGUGUGAAGGAAGGCCUGGGAGGCGGAAUAGGAAUCGGCAUGGUAAUGAUGAUCGUAUUUUGUACGUACUCUUUAGCUGUUUGGUUUGGCGGAAAGAUGAUAAUAGAGAAAGGAUAUAAUGGGGGCCAAGUGAUAAAUGUCAUCAUAGCUGUUUUGGCAGGCUCAAUGUCUCUAGGACAAAUAUCGCCAUGCUUGAGUGCAUUUGCUGCGGGUCAAGCUGCUGCAUACAAGAUGUUUGAGACAAUUGAAAGGAGGCCAAACAUUGACGUUUACGAUCCAAAGGGUAAAACAUUAGACGAUAUUCGAGGGGACAUAGAUUUGAAGGAUGUGCAUUUCAGUUAUCCAACCAGGCCAGAUGAACCCAUAUUCAGUGGGUUCUCUCUUCAUAUUCCAUCUGGCACUACUGCAGCAUUGGUUGGGGAGAGCGGGAGUGGCAAGUCAACCGUGAUCAGUUUGAUCGAGAGAUUCUAUGAUCCACAGUCCGGUGAGGUGCUCAUCGAUGGCAUUAACCUGAAAGAGUUUCAGCUUCGAUGGAUUCGGACGAAAAUUGGUCUUGUCAGCCAAGAGCCAAUACUCUUCAGUGCCUCCAUUAAAGAUAAUAUAGCAUAUGGCAAGGAUGAGGCAACCGAUGAGGAAAUUAAGGGUGCAUGUGAACUAGCAAAUGCUGCUAAAUUUAUUGAUAAACUGCCUCAGGGAUUGAACACCCUGGUGGGGGAGCAUGGAACUCAGUUGUCUGGUGGGCAAAAGCAGAGGAUUGCAAUAGCAAGGGCAAUUCUGAAGAACCCUCGAAUUCUACUUCUAGAUGAAGCCACGAGUGCACUCGAUGCAGAAUCGGAGAGGGUGGUGCAAGAGGCUUUAGAUAGGAUUAUGAUCAACAGAAGUACUGUGAUUGUUGCCCAUCGUUUGAGCACGGUCAGGAACGCUGAUAUGAUUGCUGUAAUUCAUAGAGGAAAGAUGGUUGAGAAAGGUUCCCACUCGGAACUCAUCAGCGAUCCAAAUGGCGCAUAUUCACAACUAAUACGCCUGCAGGAAGCGAACAAAGAGGAACAAGCUUCCAAAGAUGUGAAUCGAACAGAGCUUUCUCUGGAAUUAAUGAGACAGUCAAGUCAAAGGGCGUCUUACUUGAGAUCCAUAAGUAGGGGAUCAUCAGUUAGUCGCAGUAGCCGCCGGUCUUUGUCUGUGUUUGGUUUAACCACUGGAAUCGACUUACCGAAUGCUGGUGACAUCGAAGACACAAUUGAAGAGACCUCAAAAUCUCCUCCCGUUUCUCUUGGUCGCCUUGCUGCACUUAACAAGCCUGAGAUUCCAGUGCUUGUAAUUGGAACUAUUGGGGCAGUGUUGUGUGGGGUGCUACUUCCCAUCUUUGGAUUACUAGUUUCUACUGUCAUCAAGACAUUUUACCUCCCCCCGGAUCAGCUGAAAAAGGAUACCAAGUUCUGGGCUCUCAUUUACAUAGUUCUUGGGGUGACAUCACUGGUGGCACAUCCAUGGAGAGCAUACUUCUUCUCGGUUGCGGGAUGUAAAUUAAUCGAACGUAUUAGAUCACUGUGUUUCGAGAAGGUGGUUCGUAUGGAGGUAAGUUGGUUUGAUGAACCUGAACACUCAAGUGGGGCGAUUGGUGCAAGACUAUCGUCCGAUGCCGCAUCCGUGAGAGCUCUAGUCGGUGAUUCGCUGUCUCAGAACAUAGGCAACCUUGCAUCUGCAGUUGCAGGUUUGGCCAUUGCUUUUGCUGCAAGCUGGGAAUUGGCUCUCAUCGUUCUUGCUCUCAUUCCUCUCAUUGGAAUCAAUGGCUAUAUACAAAUCAAAUUCAUACAGGGAUUUAGCGGUGAUGCCAAGAGUAUGUAUGAGGAAGCCAGCCAAGUCGCAAAUGAUGCAGUAGGAGGCAUAAGAACAGUUGCUUCUUUCUGUGCAGAAGAUAAAGUGAUGGAUAUGUAUAAAACCAAAUGUGAAGCUCCUCUCAAAACAGGGAUAAAACAAGGCCUCAUUAGUGGAGUUGGCUUUGGAGUCUCCUUCUUAAUAUUGUUCAACGUAUAUGCCCUCACCUUCUACGUAGGAUCCCUUCUCGUGCAGCACGGUCGAACGACGUUUCCUGAUGUCUUUCAAGUGUUCUUUGCCUUGUCAAUGGCAGCUACUGGAAUCUCUCACUCGAGCUCCAUGACUCAAGACACUACCAAAGCCAAGGCUGCUGCUGCUUCCGUGUUUGCAAUUAUAGACAGACCCUCCAGCAUCGAUCCCAGCGACGAAUCUGGGACGGUAUUAGGCGAUGUGAAGGGAGAAAUUGAGCUUAAACAUAUAAGCUUCAAGUACCCUUUAAGGCCAAACGUCCAAAUAUUCAGAGACCUGUGCCUGCACAUUCGUCCUGGCCAGACAGUAGCUCUGGUGGGAGAAAGUGGAAGUGGUAAGUCGACAGUGAUAGCGCUAUUGCAGAGGUUUUACGAUCCUGAUUCAGGCAGCAUAACAAUCGACGGAGUAGAAAUCAAAGAGUUUCAGCUGAGAUGGCUGAGACAGCAAAUGGGGCUGGUGAGCCAAGAGCCAAUGCUGUUCAACGAAACCAUACGAAACAACAUAGCAUACGGCAAGGGAGGGGAGGCGAGCGAGGAGGAGAUAAUAAGAGCAGCGGAGUACGCGAAUGCACACAGGUUCAUCAGUGGAUUACAACAAGGAUACGACACAAAUGUCGGGGAGAGAGGACUGCAGUUGUCGGGUGGCCAAAAGCAACGAGUGGCCAUUGCUCGAGCCAUCAUAAAGGACCCAAAAAUACUACUGCUCGAUGAAGCCACGAGCGCACUGGACGCAGAGUCGGAACGAGUGGUGCAAGAUGCAUUAGACAGAGUGAUGGUGAAUAGAACCACGGUCGUGGUGGCUCAUCGGCUCUCGACAAUCAUGAAUGCUGACGUGAUCGCUGUUGUUAAGAACGGAGUCAUCGUCGAGAAAGGCAAGCACGAGAAGCUUAUUGCGAUCAAAGACGGGUUUUAUGCCUCUUUAGUUCAGCUCCACAGUUCAGCUGCUGCUUCCUCUCCCAACACCUAAGUCCUAAUGGACUUGAACUCUGCUUACCUUUUAUCUUUUUGCUAAUUAUGUAUAACGCAGAAUUGUGUUUUAUGCUUUAAGUUGUAUUGGUUGAAGUAAAUUAGGUGAACCAUAACUUUAUAAAUUUAGUCGACAGUGUUAUCUUUAUAAAUA